AUGCCACAGCUUACACUCGGUAUUAAAAUACUACCCAACUUUAAAAAAUAUGAAAUACUAAACUUUCUGACAAGCAAAAACGAAGUCACAGAUAACGAAAAACAAUUUAUAUUGAAUAACCGUUACCAUUUUCUUGCGAUUACCGCUCCAAUUAGUGGAUUGUUUGGUGAGAUCAUGCAGGCAUUGUUCUGGGUCCACACUCUGUUGAAAGAAAUGUCGAUACGAGCGAGUAUUUCCGAAUCAUACGCCGGCAACGUUGUACAGUCGGAGACAUUCGUGUUCACAAUAUCGAUGGAGAUGACAUGUGGUGGCAGCAAAUGGCAACUGAUCCAAAAUUAUUUCGAUUGUAUGAUUUCACGGGCAAGACGUUGCAUUCGUGCUGGGGGACAUGCGUUUGCUGAUGAAUAG